AUGCUAUUAAAAUUCGAGUGCAUAUAGUUUGAAUAAAUCUUUGUGAUUCAAGCUGAUCCUAAAUCCCUUUUAGAAUCAGGGAUAGAUCCUAUAAAAUAAAACUUUAGAUUCAAUGAUGCUACUUUAGCAGUUGCCUAUCAAGAUGACAAAAUGUUAAAUACAGAUAAAACUAUAGAAGAAUUAGAAUUAAAAUAGAAUAGCAAAAUAACUUUGUAAUUUUCCUAUUUUGACUACAUUCAAUUUUAGUUGAAAGAAGAUAAAAAAUAAGUCAAGACUCUCUUUAUGAAUAUUUACAUAAGCUAUUUGGAAGUAGAAAGGUAAUUGGCAGAACACUUUAAGACUGAUUAUCAAGUGGAAGUCAUCCUUGAUGGCAAUAAGUUAUGCAAAACGAAGUCCCUUUUUUAAAUACCUUAAAAAAAAGUACAUAAAUUCCAGAUGCAGGCUAAUCUAUAAAUUUAGAAUUUGGAUAAAUUAUACUUGUUUCGUUUCUCCGUAUUUGAUACUAUCUCAAAUAUUAAGUAGAAAAUACGCAAGCAAUUGCAAAUUAAAGGGAGAUUUUAAAUAUUUAAAAAUGAUAGAAUUCAACUAGAUAGAAUGGAAAAUAUGAAAGAAACCAUCUAUUCAUUGCAAAUUCCAAAUUACUAAACCUUGACCAUAAAUAGUUAACAACAUAUCGCUUUAGUUUAUAAGUUUAAUUAAUGUACCGAAUAGUAUUAGAUUUAAACUGAUCAAAAUUUAGAAGACAACAUCAAUGAAAUAAGAAAGAAACAUAGAGUACUAAACAUUUCCGAUUAUUAAAUUAAAUGUAAUGGAUAGGUUCUUCCAAAACUUCCCAAAGACAAGGAUAAAGAUUAUCUAAUGGACGGUGUUGUAGAAGUGGAAGAAAGUAAGGAUGAAUCAGCUAUUAUAACAAUCAUAAACGACUUUAAUAAGACCAAUAGAGAAGUUAAAGUUGUUAAUUUAAAGUAAACCUUGGGAGCUUUAAAAAAUAUAAUUAAGAAUUAAAAUAAUAAAUGCAUAAACGUGGAAUUUAUAUUUCAUGAUAAUCAAUAAUUAGAUAUUGAUAACACAACAUUUUAAUAGUUAGGCUUUGAAGCAAAUAAACAUUACUUAAUAUAAUAUAAGCUUAUCUAUGAUAAUAAGAUAUAACCUUGUAAUAAGAUUUAAUAAUAGUAAAAGGAGUAAUAAAUGAAAAAUAUUGGACACGAUAAGGAGUAACAUAAAGCUACUAACAGCAUUCAUAGUUAUGGCUACUUUAUAGAAAAUCCAUACUUUACAGAAAAUCCAUACUUUACAGACGAUGAGGAGAAUUUCAAAGAAGAAGGUAAAACAGAAAAUACGAAUAUCAUAAUUGUAAAUAUUAUUUGCAAAUAAGAAAAUUCAGAUAUUCUAAUCCCUUAAUAAGUAAUAAUAGAUGAAAAUAUAAUCUUAUCUCAAUCCAUAAUCUAUAAAUCAAUCUAAAAAUAUGGAGAUACCUAUAUUCUCAAAUAUAAUGAUAGGGCAGUAGACAUAGGCAAGAGUUUGAAAGAACUUGGAAUAUCAAAUGACAGCAUAAUUGAAGUGGCUCUUUAUGCUGAAUAUUAAAACUAAAUUGUUUCGUAAGAAGAGGAUUAAGUAAAUAAUGCAAAUGUUAUUAUUCACAUUUAAUAUAACAAGGAUGGAAUUUAAAGAAUAGAGUAAAAAAAGUACAAUUAAUAUACAAUUAAAUUCUCUUUAGUUAAAAAGGCUUUGUUAACUGAAUAUUAAUUACCUGAUAAUUAUGAAUUAAUGUAUAAUGGAAAUAGAGUAAACUUGAAUUCAAAUAUUUAAGGUGUUCUAUAAGAAAGUGAAAAUCUCUUCAUUUUGGAAGAACAAGUUAUUUCGAAGGAAAGAAAACUUGUAAACCUCAUUCUCAAGAUGAUUCCAGAUGGAUUUUCACCAAAUCAAUUAAUUCAAGUUGAUAAAGAACUUGAACACUCAAACCUAUAUCAAUUAGUUCAAUAGAAAUUAAGACAACAAAAUUUAACCUUGUUUUAUGACGGCUAAGUAAUAAAAAACUAAAAAGAGACCUUUCUAGAACUGAAGGACGACAGAGAAGAAGAAAUUGAAGUCCUUCUCGAAGAUGAUGUACCUUUAGCUUAUAUACUAUGA